AUGCCCAGGGAAGACAGGACUACCUGGAAGUCAAAUUACUUCCUCGAGAUCCUCCAACUUUUGGAUGAUUAUCCAAAAUGUUUCAUUGUGGGAGCAGACAAUGUGGGCUCCAAGCAGAUGCAGCAGAUCCAGAUGUCUCUUCAUGGGAAGGCUGUAGUGUUAAUAGGAAAAAACACCAUGAUGCGCAAAGCCAUUUGUGGGCAUCUGGAGAACAACCCUGCCCUAGAGAAACUGCUGCCUCAUAUCCAUGGGAAUGUGGGCUUUAUGUUCACCAAGGAAGACCUGAAAGAUAUCAGGGAUAUGCUUCUGGCCAAUAAGGUGCCAGCUGCUGCCUGUGGUGGUGCCAUCGCCCCGUGUGAUGUCACUAUGCCAGCCCAGAACACUGGUCUGGGGCCCGAGAAGAAUUCCUUCUUCCAGGCUCUGGCUAUCACCACCAAGAUUUCCAGGGUCACCAUUGAAAUUUUGAGUGACAUGCAGCUGAUUAAGACUGGAGAAAAAGUGGGCACCUGCAAGGCCACCUUGUUGAACAUGCUGACCAUCUCCCCAUUCUCCUUUGGGUUGAUCAUUCAGCAGGUGUUUGCCAAUGGUAGCAUCUACAACCUUGAAGUGCUGGACAUCAGGGAGGAGACUCUGCACCUUCAGUUCUUAGAGGGUGUUCCCAACGUUGCCAGUGUCUAUCUGCAGAUUGGCUACCCAACUGUUACAUCAGUUCCCCACUCCAUCAUCAAUGGAUGCAAGCAGGUCUUGGCUGUAGUUGUGGAGACUGACUACACCUUCCCACCUGCUGAAAAGGUGAAGGCCUUUCUGGCUGACCCUUCAGCAUUUGCUGUGGCCGCCCCUGCGGCUGCUGCUCCAGCAAAGGUGGAAGCUAAGGAAGAGUCAGGGGAGUCUGAUGAAGAUAUGGGAUUUGGUCUGUUUGAUUAG